GUUCGGCCUUCUCGCUUGCUUGCUCACUCUCUCUCUGCGUUUUUAAACUGCUCUGUGUGCAGAAUGAGGAAGUUCACCCUUGUGCUUGUGGCAGCUUCCUUUUUGUAGCUUUCGCCCCUCUAACAGGAAGACAGAGAAACAGCAAGCCUUUAGCUAGACAGAGCAGGAACAGACGUUAAUUCUAUCAACGCCUUGAAGCAGACUUUGAGACUUUGAAACUGACCAUAUGUUUAUCAUCUUUGAAAACUUUCUGGGGUCAAAUUAACCUGGGUGUCUCCUGGACGGACUCUAGGAGAAGUGUAAAAGGAUGUUUUCUCAACCAUGGUACCAUGGCAAUAUUACUCGGUCUACAGCUGAGGACCUUCUCUCCAAAGGAGCCAAGGAUGGAAGCUUCCUCCUACGGGACAGUGAAUCUAUACAGGGUGCUUAUGCCCUCUGUGUACUCUACCAGAAUUGUGUGUAUACCUACAGAAUAUUACCAAACGAAGAGAAAAAGUUAUCAGUUCAGGCAUCUGAGGGUGUGCCUAUUCGGUUCUUCUCUGCACUGCCAGACCUGGUGGAGGCAUAUCAUAAGGAAAACAUGGGUCUGGUGACACACCUUCAGUAUGCUGUGCAGAAAGAGGAAGAGCCAGAAGAUGAAUCAGAGCCAAUCAGUUUGCCACCUCAGCUUCCACCCAGAAACUUUACAAGUAAUGAAGGUAAAGAUUGUCAUGGUGACCCAUGUAGAGGAAUGGAAAGAGGAGCAGAGACAACCCAGGCCUCAUUCUCAGACACCUAUCUCCAGCGACUGCAGCAAAUCGACUUAACAAAUCUCACCGAGGAUCAUCAGAAAUCCAUCCAGGAUUAUUUCUGCACAUCUCUGUAUCAUGAUGCCGAACAGGUGCAAAAUGGAAACCCUACUCUGCCUCACUUUAAAAAGCUCACACUAAGUAUCUGCAAAAACCUGAACAGUGAAAUUUCUCGCACACUUCCAAGUCUCGAGGCACUGCAGAAAGUUCUGGAUCAGCCUGUAUCUCCUGGCUCUGGAAGACUAAGAAAUCAACUUUCUGUUGAUGCAAAUCAGUCUGUGGCUUUUAGACUUGAGCAGCUGACUAAGCUUAUAUGUUCAAUUGAAGACAAGAUUAAGAGUACAGUGUUUGAAUCAGUUGGAUAUGAAGGAGGACACAGAAAGUCACUGAUACCCCCUGUGACGUUUGAAGUAAAAUCUGAAUCCAUUGGAAUUUCAAACAAAAUGUACCUUAAGGUAGAUGUGGAAGGUGGGAAGGUUUAUUUCAAGAAGUCCAAAGAUGGACCUGAGGAUAAAUAUUUUGUGCACAAUAAAAUCUUGCAAUUGGUGAAGUCACAAAAGUUGCAAAACAGACUAGUUUUGGUGUUGGAGACAGAGAAAGAAAAAACCCAGCGCAAGGAUUUUGUCUUCGAUGACACCAAGAAAAGAGAAGGCUUCUGCCAACUUCUGCAGCAGAUGAAAAACAAACACUCAGAAAAACCUGAGCCUGAUAUGAUCACGAUCUUUGUUGGCACCUGGAACAUGGGAAAUGCGAGUCCACCUCAAAACAUCACUUCCUGGUUUUUGUCGAAAGGACAGGGGAAAACCCGUGAUGACACAGCCAAUCAAAUCCCACAUGAUAUCUAUGUAAUUGGGACACAGGAAGACCCUCUGGGAGAGAAGGAGUGGGUAGACAUAGUUAGAAGUGCCCUGAGGGAUAUAACCAACAUUAGCUUUAAACAUAUUGUCAGUCAGACACUGUGGAGUAUGAGAAUUGUGGUUCUAGCCAAGCCAGAACAUGAGAACCGCAUCUCACAUGUGUUCUCGGACAGUGUUAAGACCGGCAUAGCUAAUGCUCUAGGGAACAAGGGAGCAGUGGGGGUUUCCUUUAUGUUUAACAGAACAUCCUUUGGGUUUGUCAACAGUCACCUGACCUCAGGAAGUGAAAAGAAACUGAGACGAAACCAAAACUACAUCAGUAUUCUGCGUUUUCUGAAUCUGGGAGAUAAGAAGCAAAAUCCUUUUGAUAUAACACAUCGCUUCCCACACCUCUUCUGGUUGGGGGAUCUGAAUUACAGGGUUGACUUUCAACCACAGGACGCAGAGAACAUUGUGAUGAAGAUCAAACAGCAGCAGUAUCAGGAACUACUUGCCAAAGAUCAGCUGAGCACAGAGAUGAAAGAGGGAAAAGUCUUUAUAGAUUACGAGGAGGAGGAGAUUACGUUUGCUCCAACAUAUCGUUUUGAGAGAGACACAAGGGAUAAAUACGCCUACACCAAAACCAAGGCCACAGGGAUCAAAUACAACCUACCUUCAUGGUGUGACCGCGUGCUUCGCAAAUCCUACCCUAUGGUGCAUGUGGUUUGUAACUCAUAUGGAUGCACCAAUGAUAUCAUGACAAGUGACCACUCCCCAGUAUUUGCCACGUUUGAUGUUGGUGUGACUUCACAGUUUGUAUCAAAGAACGAUCUAUCAAAGGAGGCUCUGGGUGCAAUCAAAUUCAUGAAUUGUGUGGCUGUUAUUCAUACUAAAUCAAAGACCAAGUUCUUCAUGGAAUACCAUUCAAGCUGCCUGGAGAAGUUUGUGAAGAGUGCUGAAGGAGAAAAUCAAGAGAGCAUAGAAGGCUCAAUAAAAGUACGAUUUGGAGCACAAGUUGAGCUCACACCCAUUAUUGCUGACCCAGAAUACCUCCUUGAUCAGCACAUCCUCAUCUGCGUCAAAUCUACAGAUUGUGAUGAGUCAUAUGGUGUGGGUUGUGUAGCCCUGCGUUCUGCUGAAAGUUCUUACACUGAGUUCUGUAUCAAACUCACACAUCAUGGGGAGCGCACAGGUGAGCUAACAGGUGGCAUCCAACUCCACACAUCUAAAGGCAAACAGACAGAGAAGCUAUAUGAUUUUAUUAAAGUUGGUGAUGACCCAGGAGCCAGUAAAGGCAAAACAGGAGACAAUACCAAAGCAUCUACUUCAGUCCUCGCCACUGAUAUUAGUAAUCCCAGUUAUAUGGGUGUAGGCUUCAAGAGCAACAACCAGGCAGAAAGGGCCUCAAGAACAGCGGCAUACUCUGGGCACUCAGCCAAAGACACAACACUUGGUAAUCUUUCCCCUAAAAAGACUGGUUAUGACCAUUCUACACCUAGCCCUACUGGAAAGACAGCGGCACCUGUGCCUGAUGAUGGGCAACCUCCCGAGAUGUUUGACAAUCCCCUUUAUGGCUCAAUGAGUGGAUCGCGAGGAAAUAAAGACCAGGUCUCUUCCUCAGAUGCUCACUUUGCCUUUCCCAAAACAGACCUUGAUGCUGAUCGCCAACCUCCAGUCCCAGUUCCUAGGAUCCGUUCCUUCACCUGUUCAGAAACCAAACAGUCAUCAACCACAAACGCCAUCACCAGCAGUGGUCUACAGCCCCAGAACAUUAAUAAAAAGCUUGUGGUGCCCUCCCGCUCUGAAGGGGGCAUAGCUGUAUCUGGCAGGCCACCAGUGCCUGUGAAGUCUCGAACAGGUCAGCCACAAGAGCCGCCACUAAAGCCCAGAGACUACAGAGACAGCUCAGAGCUCCCAUCCAAGAUAAGACUACCAGCAAGACCAGGCCAAACAAAAGAUGUGCAUCAUGAGGCACCGCAACCUCCGAAGAUGGGUCGUCCUUUAAAAUGAUCUCUUACUGAUGUGCUGUGGCGGGGACCUUUCAGUGCUGAUCUGAUCUUCAUGUCUGAAAUUUGAGAAACUGCACUGAAAGAAAAACAUGAAUCUACUAUUCUCAGAGUACAAAAAAUAUACAUGUGUGAAAUUUAACUUACUUUAUAUUUUCUACAAGAAACUAUUUCACAAGAAUUUAUAAUAAUUCUACACCAUAUUUUAGAUUUUGACACUGGCAGUUGGAUGUAGAAUGUUCACAGUUUGAAUGUUGUUACUUCAUAUAGUCAUAAAUCCAGUGUUUACUUCUACCACCUUUGUCAAACUAUAUCAUAUUUCUUCAAAUUUGUAUUUUAACGGUAAAGAAUGUGAGACGAUACAUUUUUGAAAUGUGAUAAGAUGCAUAUUUCAUUAGGCAACUAUUGUUUUUUUAAGAGGUUACUCUUCUAAAAGGUUUGCAUAUUUUAGAAUACUGUUUUUGUUUGUUGCUCAAGCUUUUUAAACGUAAUAAAAUUAAAGAAGUAAAAAAAAUCAUUCUUGCCACUAAGCUACAAAUAUGAUAUAUCCAGAAAAUAUUACAAU